AAUUAUCAAGUCCUUAAAAAUGAAGAGGAGUUUUUACGGCUUCCAGAACUCGACAAUCCAUCUAUUGUGCAAUAUGUGGACUUUGCAGAAGAUGAACAUUUUGGUUAUCUUGGCCUUAAACUUUGUGAAUACACACUAGAAGAAUACAUCCAAGACCAUCUGCCUGAAGACAGCAGUGAGCAGCUUGCUGUCCUGAAGAAAAUUGUGAAGGAGGUGCUAUGCAGCCUUGAAGUUCUUCACAGUGAAGAUAUCAAAGUGCUCCAUCGGGACAUCAAACCCCAGAAUGUUCUGAUUGAUAUAACUGGAAAGGCGAGAUUAUCUGAUUUUGGUAUAAGCCGGAGGCUGAAUUUAGGACAAACAACUUUGCGCACUAGCGCUGCUGGAACAAAGUACUGGAAAGCCAGGGAGACCAUUGAAGAGGACGAUAACAGUGCAUACAAGAGGAGUUCUGACAUUCAGGUUGCAGGAAUGUUAGUGUAUUACAUCCUCUCUCGUGGACACCAUCCUUUUGGUAAAGGGGCUCGUUGUGAAAGUAACAUUCUUGAUGGAAAAUACUCGCUGGAACAUCUGGAAGAUGACGUGGCAAAGGACCUGGUGGAGUGGAUGAUCAAUGAAGAUGUAAAGGAGAGGCCUAAAGUAGAGGAGGCCCUCGCUCAUCCUUUCUUUUGGACAGAUGAAAAGAGAGUGGAGUACUUACAGAAACUGGGGAAUGUGAAGGAGGUGCAGUACUAUCUCAGUCCUGAUGAGGAGCUCCUUCAUGCCAUAGAAAUAAUGGCCAUGGGGAAGACCUUCUCAGAGUGGAAAACAAAAUUGCCUGCUGAAAUUGUGCACAAAGUAGAUGGUAAGAAAAAGCCCUACCCAGAGAACUUACUUGGCCUGUUGCGAUUCAUACGGAAUCUGUAUGAACACUACUCUGAUGAUGCAGAAAAAGUAAACCUGAUGACCAUAUUCCCUGACCUUUUUGGAAAUGCUUUCAAGUUUGCCAAAGUGAGAGGAUGGAACUCUACACCAAGUCUGAGAAAAUGGCUCAGAUCUGUACCGGUGUUAUGAUGACUGAACAACAUGACCUAAACGUUAUGUGACCUCAUCCGUUUUUGGUUUUCACCACUGUUAUGAUAUCAGCAUUGUAAAAUAAUUACUCAAAUCUGUAAUAAGAAAAAGCGAUUUGUUUAUAUUUUUAUCACUUCCCAAUACUUUUGUACUUAAAAGUAAGGUGGAUUCUGGGGUUCUGGGCCAUCAGGUGAUCUGAGACACUUUAAGAGGUUCCAAUUCCACCAUCAGCAUCAUCAACUAAUCUUUUUACAUAUGUGAAAAGAAAUACAGUAAACAGAUUAAUUAAAGUGACAAAAGUCAUUUCUAAGGUGAACUCAAACAAGGUAAUGGUUUAAUCAAUCAGGGCCUGCAUCAUAAAUAUAACUAUAUGACCUGAUGUUCCAUAAAACCUGAAUCCACCCUAAUGUCGAAAAAUAAAAAUAUACAGGUUUUGUUUCUGUCCUGUGAAAGUGUUCCUGUCAGAGCUGAUGUUUACUGCUGUGUCACAGUUUAUCACUUUAGAUUUUUUGGGAAAUGUAUUUUCUCAUGAAUACAGUUCAACAUCUCUUAGCUUUAAGAUUUUUGUCGGUGAACACCACUUUUGAUAAAUAUCACUAUAUUAGCCUUAUUUUACCAAAAACGUUGUUAUCUUAAAUAAACUCUACUUUUACUCAAGAUGAGUAAAAUUUGUCAGCUUUA